AUGUCGGAAGAAUCACAAGUGAAGACGUUUUAUACCGGUAAAAACUUUUUCAUAACCGGCGGCACAGGAUUUGUUGGGCUAUGCCUAAUUGAAAAGAUUUUACGAUGUAUUCCUGAUGCGGGGAAGAUAUACCUUCUAAUGAGACCAAAGAAAGGAAAGGAGAUAAAUGAAAGACUUGAAGAGUUUCCUAAAAACCCCGUCUUUGAAAAACUCCUUCAAAGUAAUAGCACAGACGUGUUUAAGAAACUGACACCCAUAUCGGGGGAUGUGGGUGAGGAAAACCUGGGUUUGAGCCCACAGGACCGUCAAAUGCUGGUGGACAAUGUCAAUGUGGUGAUACAUUCAGCCGCGACCCUGGACUUUCAAGAGAACCUGAGACCAACUAUCAAGAUUAACUUGUUAGGGACUAGGCGUGUUAUGGAGUUGUGUAAAGAUGCGAAGAAUUUGAAGGUAAUGGUGCAUGUGUCAUCUGCAUAUGUGAACUCCUUCCUAACAGAAGCUCAUGAGAAGGUAUACGAAGCUCCAGAGGACCCUGAUAAGGUGAUAUCCUUGAUCAACACCCUCAAUGAUCAGGAACUAGAUGAGAUAGAACCAAAACUGUUGAAAGACCACCCCAACACCUAUACUUUUACGAAACACUUGGCCGAACACGAGGUGGUGAAGUGUGCCGACCUCUUCCCUUGCACCAUAGUAAGGCCCACUAUGAUUGUUGCUGCAUGGAAAGAACCUCUCCCAGGCUGGACGUGUUCCAAAGUAGGACCACAAGGAUUCCUAAUGGGAGCUGCAAAAGGUGUAGUCCGUCGUUUGCCGCUGGCCAAACAGAACGUAGCUGACUACAUACCUGUGGAUGUUGUGAUCAAUGAACUGCUCAUCGCUGGGUGGGAGGCGGCCAAGAAUAAGUCGGGGUUGUCUGUGUACCACUGCUCUUCAUCAACCUGCAACCCGUUCAGGUGGUUCAUGAUUGAGAAUGAAGUCAACGCCCUCCUGCAUACAUAUCCGCUCAAGAGCGCCGUUUGGUACCCUCACUUGAAGUUCGUGCCGACCCUGUUGAUGUUCCGCUUGUCAGCUAUCCUGGUGCACUUCUUCCCCGCCGUACUCCUCGACAUGGUGCUGCGGAUCACGGGCGGGAGGCCCAUCCUGAUCCGUCUCCAUAAGAACGUGUGGUCUUCCCUAAACCGUCUGGAGCGGUUUAUCUUCAGCGAGUGGAAAUUCUACAACCCCAACACAAUAGAACUUGAGAAGAAACUGAACAAAACUGACAAGGAAUUGUUCUUUAUUGAUAUCAGUUCUUUACAAUGGCUGCAGUACUUCACAACGCUGCACCUCGGAGUCAGAAGGUACCUGAACAGGGAGAAGGAAUCUACUCUACCUGCUGCCAGACAGAAGGAUAUGUUGCUCCUGGCGUUCCACGUGAUCUGGCAGCUGCUGAUCCUGUGGCUGCUGUGGUUCCUGUUCGCUUCCCUCACUGGCCUCUCCAUGACACACAGCGCUUGGGUCGCACCCAUCAUAUAUAUACUCUAUACCUUACUAUAA